UGUGUAUACGGAACCUAUGAGGGCGGUAAAGGAAGAGGGAAAUUUGAAACUAGGCGGCGCUGUCGGCUACAGCUGUCAACAGGACACUUUCAGCUUAUUCAUCUGUACGUCGAUGAAUAUCCUGCAACAUUUCGUCGAAACGAAAAGACUAAGUCAUAAUGGAUCACUUAAGAGAUCAGAGUCUGAAUUUGGACUCCCCAUCUAAACAGAGUUAUGUUGGCAGUUUUUACCAACCUCCAGAGAAACUGUCAAGACCUCUGUACAUGAACACAGCCACACAUCCACAGGAAAGAAAGCGCUCUGGUGUGCAGGACAUCAGCCCACAGCUUUAUCAAACAGUACCCGAUGCUGGAAGCAGAGCUGUGAUAGCAGCCCUGAAAACACUGCAGGAGAAGAUGCGACGCUUGGAGCUGGAGAGAGUUCAGGCAGAGAGGAACGUACAGCAUUUCUCGAAGACUGUUCGAUAUCAGGCGGAUGCUUCUGCACAGAGAGAACCGGAUCACAGCACACAAGAGAAUCACUCUACACAGAGGAAAGAGCUGGUUUCCAAGCUUCAUUCCACGGAAACACGCUGCUCUCUGCUGGAAAAACAGCUCGACUACAUGAGGAAAAUGGUGGAGCAUGCAGAGAGAGAGAGAAUCACCCACACACACAGACAGGACUCUAUGUGUAGGGAAAGCACACAAACAGACCCACAAGUGCAGACACAGCUCAACAAAUUGGAAAGACUGGAAAAGGAUUAUCUAAAACUCACCAGUACGCAGUCUAUAGCUGAGAGGAAGAUUGAGCUCUUAGAACAGAAACUUUUAAAGGAGCAACAUGAAUGCAAAAUUGUGCAGGAGAAAGCCGAGGAGUUGCAGCGAGAGCUUGAAAACAAUCUCGUUUCCCUUUCUGCUGUGAUUCAACCUAAAGGCAAGAAAAAGAAGAAAGAAAAGUCCUCUUGCAAGAAGCCCUCCUCGAUGAAGGUGGAGGCUAAACACCUUCCGUUUGUGGCUGGAACAUCGACCAGUCCCAGUCACUCAGUCAAUGCCAAUGUUCAGAGUGUUUUGCACCUGAUGAAGCACAGAAACCCACGGCUGUGUGAGAGAGUCAGUGCACUGCAGAAGUCCGUUUCUGGGAACCAGCGGGCCCAGCGCAGACCUCCGUCCUCCCCCAGCAUAGCAGCUUCCACACUGGGCAGCCUUUCUGAUCUUCUGCUCGCCCUUCAGGAUGAACUGGGACAGAUGAGCUUGGAACACCAGGAGCUGGUCAAGCAGAUAGAUGAGACCUCUAAACAAGAGCUUCAUGACGAUCUGGAGCGAGAGCUGGACUGUCUGGUCAAGAGAAUGGAGGAGAAAGCAGCUCAAAUCUCCAAACUGCGCAAGCAUCAGCAAACAGUUCAGAAACUCUCCCAGCCAUCUUGUAGCCCCAAGCAAAAGCAGCAGAAGCAUCACAGGGCUUCCAGCGUAGAGGGUAAAACCAGGGCACAGAGUGGGGUACAACCACCGCCACCAUCCCCUGUCAAAGCCUCGGCCAGCACGGGACAGAAACAGAACAGGAGCAGUCAAGAGUCCCUGAGGCUCCUCAGAGAGACACAGAAACUGUGCCCUAGCCUCUGCAGACAGGACAUUGUUUGGGAGACGUAGUAACAUUGUCCUGAAACACACAUCCGGGGCUUUAGAAGAAUUAUAGCACCUCAAGAAUUAUACCUGAAAUUUGUCCUCAGAAGAUCACUCCAAAAACCUGUUUAAUUCUGAAUGACUUUCAUGAGAUUUUUUAUUGGUUUUUAUUUUUGUUUGAAUAAGUUGUAAAUAAAAUGUCUACAUAUAUUUAUAGUA